AUGAAUUCAUCCCGACUCAUCCUCAACUCCGCGGCGGCCAAACGGACAUUCGUCACAUCAACCGCUCGGCGAGUAGUCGCACUCCCGCGUGCAUCGGUCGGCUUAACGGCGGGCCGGCUGCGCGGCGAUCAUUACCGGGUGCCGCGGAGCACCAGCCCAUCGCUAUUCUUUGUUGCCAGGGACCUGUCGACGGAGACUUCGACUUCGACGCCGUCGCCUGGCGGUGCCGCCCCGCCGCCGCCCGGCUUCAAGCUCGAGGAUGCGAAAAAACCCCUCGGCAUGUCGGAAAAGCCCGUAAAGAGUGAUAAGUCGCCGCUGCAGCAGGCGCAGGCGCAGCUUGCGGCCGCGAAGGAGGCCACCGCGGCGAAGGACUCUAAGUCGGCGGCGUCGGUCCAGAUUGCUACCGCGGAUGGGAAGGCGCUGGAUGGCUCGGCGAAGUCGGCCGCUGAGGAGAAGAAAUUGACGGUGUGGCAGAAGGUCAAGCAUGGUGUGCAGCACUUUUGGGAUGGUACUAAGCUGUUGGGUAUGGAGAUCAAGAUCUCUUGGAAUUUGGCGUUGAAGAUGGCGGCGGGCUACGAGUUGAGUCGGAGAGAGCGGCGACAGCUUGAGCGCACCGUCAAGGAUCUCGGCCGUCUGGUUCCUUUCUCAGUGUUCAUUAUCGUUCCCGCUGGUGAACUGUUCCUUCCCAUCGCUCUGAAGCUCUUCCCCAAUCUGCUCCCCAGCACGUACGAGGACCAGAAACAGAAGGACGCCAAGUCAAGCAAGCUCCGGACCACCAGAAAGGAUGUAUCGGCAUUCAUUCGCACCACAAUGAAGGAGGGCGGCAUUCUGCCGAUCGGUCCCAAGACCCGCCAGCGCGACGAGUUCACGCAGUUCUUCAAGAAGAUCCGCAACAGCGGUGAGUCGCCCACCCGGGAAGAGCUCAUCAAGGUCUGCAAGAUCUUCAAGGACGACGUUACCCUAGACGGCCUCUCGCGCCCGCAGCUGGUCGGCAUGUGCCGCUACAUGAACCUCAACACAUUCGGCACGGACGCCAUCCUGCGCUACAACAUCCGCCACCGCCUGCGCCAGCUCAAGCGCGACGACCGCGCCAUCUCCUUCGAGGGCGUCGACUCGCUUACCGUCCCGGAGCUGCAGAACGCGUGCGCCUCGCGCGGCAUCCGAACGCACGGCAUUUCCCCCGCGCGUCUCAGGGACGACCUCAACACCUGGCUGGAGCUGCGCCUCAAGCACGGCCUCCCCAGCACGCUGAUGGUGCUGUCGAGCGCGUUCAUGUACUCGACGAACAAGGGCGCCUCCGACUCGGAGCUUGACUCGCACUACGACGCGCUCCUGGCCGUGCUCAGCAGCAUCCCCGAAGAGCUCUACCACGAGAUCGAACUCGAGAUCCACAGUGCCGAGGGCGCCGCCACCAACAAGCAGCGCCUCGAGGUGUUCAAGGAGCAGCAGGAGCUGAUCGAAGAGGAGAACGAGCAGCGCAGCGAGGGCACCGCGCCCGCCGCCCCCUACUAUGACCGCGACAUCGACGAGAAGGUCGCCGAUAUCCUGGCCGCUUCGCCCAACGAUGCACCCGGAAAGGAGGAGGUCGCCAACGCUGUCAAAGAAGCUGAAGCUAUUCUGAAGGAGGAGACCGAGAAGAAGGCGUAG